CCCGGCUGAGGAUCCCGGCGCAGCCCCCCCAGAUGGGCAGCAACGUGAGCGUCUCCUGCGAGGCUGAGAGCGCUCACCCGGAGCUGACGCUGCUCUACUGGUUGGGAAACGGUUCGUUCGUGGAGCAGCUGCAGCCCAACGUGCGCGAAGGGGCGGUGCGAGAGGAAGAGCGUGGUUCGCUGGUGACCCUCCGUCGGGAUCUGCAUUUCAAAUCUUUCAGCUUCCAGGAUCUGAAGACCAACUUCACCUGCGUGCUGCUCAGCCCCUUCGGCGUGGAUGUAAGGGAGCUGAAAUGGGCUCCCUCCAGCAAUGAGGGUGGGGAAAUGGGCUGAGACCGAGCAGAACUCGUGACGAGUGUGAGCCCAACAGUGUGGGGCGAGGGCUGCCCCAUUGGAUGCUGUGUGUGGGGCUCCUGGUGGGGCAGAUGGGCUUCAUUAAAGCGACUGCCCGGUGAGCUGCGUGUGCAGGGCUGGGAGGUGCAGUAAAUAAAAGCAAUAAAAGCAA